GUGAGCAAACAAAACAAUGGUCGGUCACGUGCUGGUCUUCCCUUACCCCGCCCAGGGUCACAUGCUCCCUCUCCUAGAUCUAACCGCCCACCUAGCCUCCCGCGGCCUCACCAUCACCAUCCUGGUUACCCCCAAAAACCUCCCUCUCCUCACCCCCCUCCUCUCCUCCCACCCUCACUCCAUCUCCCCUCUCAUCCUCCCCUUCCCCCCUCACCCCUCCAUCCCCUCCGGCGUCGAGAACACCCUCGAUCUCCCCGCCUCCUCCUUCCGCCACAUGAUGUGCGCCCUCUCCGCCCUCCGCCCCCUCCUCCGCUGGUUCCACUCCCACCCCUCCCCUCCUUCCUCCCUCAUCUUCGACAUGUUCCUCGGCUGGUCCUCCCACCUCGCCUCCGCCCUCUCCAUCCCCUCCUUCGCCUUCUUCCCCUCCGGCGCCUUCGCCAUCUCCUUCCUCCACUCCCUCUGGCACCAAAUGCCCCACGCCGAUCCCGUGGGCUUUCCCCAUAUCCCCUAUUCCCCUAUUUACCCCUGGUGGCAGCUCUCCCCCGUUUUCCGCAGCUACGUCAAGGGAGACCCAGAUUCGGAAUUUAUCAAGGAUUCCUACUUGGCCAAUUUCCUGGGCCAGGGCUUGAUUUUCAAUUCGUUUGAACAGAUCGAGGGGGCCCACUUGGAUUAUUUGGCCCAUAAAAAGUUUAACGUUUGGGCCGUUGGGCCUCUCUUGCCAACCGACCGCGUCACGGACCGGGGCGGGUCCAGCUCCGUCGUUGCCACCGAGGUCUGCUCCUGGCUCGCCACGUGUCAAGACGACAGCGUGGUGUAUGUUUGUUUCGGUAGUCAGGCUGUGUUGACCAACGAGCAGAUGUCAGAGUUGACCUCGGGUUUAGAGAAGAGCGGAGUCAGGUUCAUUCUGUCGGUCAAGGGCGCCACGGUGGGGCACGGGGACGGGGCCGGGGCCUACGGCUCCGUCCCCGAGGGAUUCGAGGCGCGGGUGGCAGGGAGGGGCCUCGUCAUCAAGGGGUGGGCCCCGCAGGUGGUGAUACUGGGGCAUAGGGCUAUUAGGGCGUUCCUGACGCACUGCGGAUGGAACUCGACUCUCGAGAGUGUCGUGGCGGGAGUGCCCAUGCUGGCGUGGCCGAUGGGGGCUGAUCAGUAUUUGAACGCAACGUUGUUGGUGGAGCAGUUGGGGGUGGCGAUCCGAGUGUGCGAGGGGCCGACGACCGUGCUCGGGUCGGACGAGCUGGUGCGGUUUUUAGGGGAAGUUGCGAGCGACGGGUGGUCGGAGAAGCGGGCUCGUGCCGUGGCGCUGAGCAAGGCUGCGAGGGAUGCGAUGAAGGUUGGUGGGAAGUCAUACAAGAAUUUGGAUGAUUUUGCUGGGUUAUUAGCUAAAAAUUAGUUGAGCCCUAUCUAACAAAUGUAGAGUGACAUUGUUUCAAGUUUCAACAAAAAAAAAGGGGUGGAGCUCAAUUUGUAGUAUUUUCUUUUUGUGGUUACUGCUCUACUACUUGCUGCCUGUUUUCCGCUACCAAAACACAAUAGUAGGCGUAAUUCUCGGUUGAUGCAUUA